UCGUCGUCGCUCAAACCUACGGAAUGAACUGGAUAUUGACGUUCUAUCCAUGAAAUCGACAGGAAUCAGCAGUUCGCUCGCUUCUCGCGUUCCCAGCCAGCCAAACACGUACCACCGGAAAUGACGAUCCUCUGCGCGGUAACGUGUCUGCUCCAGUUCGUGGGGCUAGUGGCAUUAACCGGCGUUCUAGUCUGCCUCGUUGCCGUGUUGCGAUUGGUGGAACUGGCCAUCACCCUGAUCAAUCCUUUCACCGUUUUUAUGCUUCACCAAUCGGGCAAGAUAAUCAUUUUUGGGCUGAGGAAGAGUAAAAAGCUGACAUCCAACGCUUACCAUAAGAUGCGCAUGGAUCGUGGACGUGCACCUGUCUUAGAAUUAGAGAUAGGUAUACGUCAACCGGAAGUGUUUUACAACAGAAACGUGAUGUCAGGCUUGAUGGAAGAAACGUUCCCUCGCGAGGGUGAUAAUUACAAGGCCGUACAAAUGUCAGAAGUGGCUAGCGUCGAUCAGGAUGACGAGGAGCAGGACGAGCAAGAGAUAGAAGUUCACAGUCCCUACGAGAUGGAAGUCGAGAAGGUUGACGAGGACCGAGAAAUCGAAGAGGCUGAUGAUGAUCGUGAAACUGGAAAAUCUGCUUCCGAAGAAAUUGGAUAGACCAGCGACAAGGAAGCAAACGAAACGCUUGAAGAGUCCAUGGGAGAAUAAAUCGCUGAAGUGAAUAACGACCAUGGUGUUUAAUGAAAAUCGUCUGUUUUGAAAUAUAUACAUGUCUUUUCGACGAA